UGUCUCCUUUAUCCACUCAAUGUAGUGCGAAAUUUAUUGUCACUGGCGCUGAAUGAGUGUGUUCAUAAACGUUUUUCACGAAAAAUAUCAAACAUAUCUUUUUAAUUGAAAGUUGAAUCAUGUCUCUGAAAACUCGAUUAAUUAUGCAGAAUGCAAAGAAAAUCUGUGAGGUUGCUAAUGAGCACGAUGGGAGUGAAAAUAAAGAAGUUAACCUCAAAAAAUGUGAAGUCUCUUCGAAUAUAUCUGGAAUCGGGGAAAAGCCCUUGGAACAUGAAAUCCAUUUUCCAGAAUUAAACGCUGGCCCAUCAAGCUCUUAUUCCAAGGAUCCCAAGGACAAACAUUGUGUUUUUACUAGAAAUCUCCUCAAUAAUGGUAAAUUACAAUGUGUAUUAAGGAAGUGUAGGCAAUUAAACGAUACAUCUCUUAUUACAGAUUCUAAAAGUAAAUCCGACAGUGAGCCUUUUAAACCGGAUGAUAAAAGCGACGAAUAUCUACCUACUUCUGAGGAUUCGUCAGACACAGGAAAAAACUGCGAGAAAAAGGUCAAGAAAACCAACACUUGGAAAAAUAAUGUUGCAGCAAUAGCGCGGCAAAGAGGUGAAACAUACACUAAUCAAAGAGGAAAAAAAAUACCAAGAAAAAGUGUUAAUUUAGGUACGCUUUGUAAUGAAGGAUGCAAAAAAAAGUGCAGCGAAAAGGUACGCCCAGAGGAAAGGAGAGAAAUAUUUUUCAGUUAUUACAAAUUAUUAGAUGAAGACACUAAAAACAUGUUGCCCUUUAAAUGUAUGGCAUACAAAGUACCUGCAAGGCCUCAAAAGAAUGCUGCUCGUCAUAAGUCUGCGUCUUUUACGUAUAAAUUAGCCGUUAAUAAAACAGAAGUAACAGUAUGUAAAAAAGCAUUCUGUACUUUGUAUGAAAUUGGCAAAAAGAAGGUAGAAUAUCUUCAACAGAGCAUAAAAGAGGGUUUACAUACUCCAAAACCUAAUAGAAGAGGCAAACAUGACAACAGACCACAUAGGAUAGCAGAUGGUAUUAAACAAUACACAAGAGAACAUAUAAAAUCAUUCCCUGCCUAUGAGUCUCAUUAUUCUAGGAACAAAAACUCCUACAAGAAAUACCUUUCUCCUAUGUUAAAUAUAUCUAAGAUGUACAGUCUCUACCACGAAAAAUGUGCUGAAGGAAAUAAGCCUCCUCGUUUUUAUAUAAAAUACUGUACGUACAGCAAGAUCUUCUCUACAGAAUUUAACUUCUCUUUUGGGGAGCCUCGCAGCGAUACUUGUAGUACCUACGAUAGCGGCCAAGGUAACGAAGAACAUCGUGAAGAUCGUGAAUGUGCAAAAAGCAGUGGUACUGUAUGCUAUCUCACCAUGGAUUUACAACAAACACUUCAUCUGCCUAAACUAACCACUAGCAAAGCUUUCUAUUUACGUCAAAUGUGGAUGUACAACUUGGGUAUACAUUCCAUUAGUAAACAAGGCGCAAAAGCGAAUUUCUUUACGUGGACCGAGGAUGUAGCUCAUCGUGGAAUCUCCGAGAUAUGCAGCUCCUUAUUAAUUAUGUUGGAGUAUAACAACCUUUUUCAAGACAAUAUUAUAUCGCAUCUCAUACUGUGGACGGACUCAUGUGCAGGUCAGAAUAAAAACUUUCUGAUCAUAUGCCUCUACCAGUACUUAAUACUUAAAGGCAUGUGUAAAAUUAUAGACCACAAGUUUCCUGAGGUGGGGAACAGUUAUUUGGACUCUGACAGAGACUUUGGACUUAUUGAGAAAGUGUUACGUCGACAUGAAACUAUUUUUUUACCAGAAGAAUAUCGAACCAUAAUAAGCCAAGCCAGCAAAAUGAAUCAAUUGACGGAUAUGAGUCUUCACUUUAGAAACUUCGAUGAUCUGGCUACUAAAUUAAACGUAAUCAAUCGUAAAAAGAAUACACUAGGCGAGAACGUUCCCUUCAGAGAUAAGAUAAAAUGGAUACGCGUCUGCGAAUUUGGAUCUUACAUGUAUAAAGAAAGUUUUGACCCCAAGACUCCUUUUAAAAAAGUCAACAUUAUUCGAAACUCACGUAUUCCUGCACCAGAAAACGUUGAAAUUCCAAGAAUUGGGAGAAAAACUGGAGAGUUGUCUGCUAAAAAAAUUGCGAAUUUGAAAAGCCAGUUGCAGUAUAUUAAACAACCAUACAGAUGGUUUUAUAACCUCGUUAUAAACGAACAAGAAAAGGCAUAG